AUGUAUUCUCAACGGCCGCUGUCCUAUGCGCCGACUCCUUACAGCUAUACUCCCAACCCAGCUCUCUCAGCUUCUAUAAGCCUAGAUGAGGAAGUCAAGCUUUCGUCGACGCCUGCGGAGCGGGAUCUCUACGAGUCUCUUGCAGAAAUAUACAGUAUCAUCUUAACAUUAGAUGGGCUGGAAAAGGCAUAUAUCAAGGAUGCGGUUACCGAAUCCGAAUAUACGGACACUUGUGCCAGACUUUUAAAACAGUACAAGUCGAGCUUGAGCGAUGAAAACGUUCUCAAAGAAUUCGUCGAUUUAGAUACGUUCAAGCGCGCAUGGGGGCUGGAAUGUCCAAGGGCCACUGAACGGCUUCGGAUAGGCCUUCCUGCGACGGUAGAGCAGCCCUCCCACAACCCUUCCCAAGCUCUCGCCACCGGUUCUGCGUCUGGUAGCCUUAUUCUAGCUGCGACGGAAAACUUUAUAACAUUUUUGGAUGCGUUGAAGCUCAACAUGGUUUCGAAGGAUGCUCUACAUCCGUUACUUUCAGAAGUCAUCCAGUCUGUUAACAAAGUGACAGAUGAAGAUUUUGAGAAUAGAGGAAAAAUCAUUCAGUGGCUUAUUACCCUGAAUCAGAUGAGAGCUACAGAAGAAUUGGCCGAAGACCAAGCCCGAGAACUUUCUUUCGACAUCGAACAAGCAUAUCAAGGAUUCAAGGCCACACUGAGCUGA